AUGAAUAUGCAACAGCAACCAAGGAUGCCAAAUAUGCAACAGAAGCCAAGGAUGCCAAAUAUGCAACAGCAGUCAAGGAUGUCGUAUCCACUUUAUGGCAUGCCACUCGAAAUGGGAUUCGACCAAGGAUUUAUCCCUCAGCCGAACCAAGUAAACAACAAUGUGGUUCAAAAACAUCAGCAGAACAAUCAUCAAGGAGGAGGUCAAGACCGACCGGUUCGGCUCAAUGAGUUUCAAAAUUUGGUUGAAGAUCUUAUGGGAGUCUUACCGAGACGGGUGGAAAGACCAAGUUAUGCUAAACUGUAUCCUGCAUAUAUCGAUACCACCUCGUACCCAGCAGGAUAUCGCAUUCCCUCAUUCACAUUGUUCUCUGGAGAUGCAUAUCAAUGCACUGUAGAACACAUUGGCCGUUUCACGGCCCAGUACGGAGAAGCUAGCUCUGACGACAACAAGCUAAGGUUAUUCGUCCAUUCCCUCACGGGACCAGUCUUCACUUGGUUCAUCAAUCUCCCACCCAACUCAGUGAAUAGUUGGAGAGAAAUGGAAUGA